AUGGACGUCAACAAUACUGUCUAUACUCAGGAGCCACAUCCAAUACGAUCAGACCAUGAAGUAGUACCAGUCGCUGAUCUCUGGAAUGCCAUCUCAAGCAGCCCUUUCUAUCAAGCCAACGAAACAUAUGAUUUGUAUGAGGAGCUGCAGUCUGCCCUGGCUUCGGGAAAACAAUUAUUUUCUAUGCCGCUUGCCCCAGUGAGCGAAGAAAUUGGCUUCAAUGACGAGACAGAAUCAAACUUUGGAAUUGAACUUCCAGGUGAGACAGACUUAUUCACAUUGUUAGACGACUGUCCAUUGACCACUUCGUGUCAUGUAAAUCUAAACAGUCCAGUUGCACCUGAUAAUCCAACAUAUCCUUGGCCAUCAAAGGCUGUACCACUAUAUUACUACCUUAUGAUUCAGUUCUCCGAGGCACAGAAAAAGGCAGUUCUAUCUUGGACAAAGGAGCUUGGCGCUUGCAAUGUCCCAUCGCUAUAUGCAUUGAACCAAUGUCAGGAAUCGGUUCAAACACUUGUCGGCAAUCCAACGGAAAAGAUCACUGCACGUUUGGGAAAUAUAUUUUAUCUUAACAAUGUUGGAAAAGCAAUUGCCAAGGACUAUGUGAACCCUCUCACGCGUCUUGUGAUGCAGGAUUACCCUGAGGAUGGAGGCAAGGAAAUGUCUCAGGUGUUCAACAGAGAGAAAAUGUUGUUUGAACGCCCUUCGCCUCCUGCAGCUAAAGUCAAUGGGGAGAUCUACUUUGUGAAUGAGCUCUUGCAGGAUGCGUCAGGGGACUACUUUAUACCUGAGUGCUUUUUUCUUGUGUUGUACACGUCGACAGGUGAUAAUUCGGAUAAGCAGCUAUAUGCGCUUGGCCAUACUGUACAACGAACAGAGGAUGAAUUUAUUGUCAGUGAUGAGCAAGAAAUAAUUCCGACGUGUAACUUUCGAAGGUCGUUUCCCGAAAUAUCUGCCAAUGAUGACAAACUUGCUUGCGGGCUAACAGAGUCGUCGAGGAAAUAUGCAAAGCUAGUGCCAAAUCAAUUGCGCACAAAAUCUCAAGGAUGUAUGGUGUACUCGGUCCCUCUUAUCGUCUUCAUGGAUGAUGUAUCCGGAAAUAUAUCCAAGCAAUGGAAUAAGCACCACACAAUAUACAUGUCUAAUGCGAAUCUACCUCGUGAAAUGCUUGAGAAAGAGUUUUGUAUUCGAUUUGUCAUGUCUUCUCCUCACGCAGCCCCAAUGGAAAUGAUGAGCGCCAUGCAAGAAUCAAUUAGCAAGGCUACAGAAUCUGGGGUCUUUACUUGGGACUGCAAGUAUGAAGAAGAAGUUAUGCUGGAGUUAUAUGGUCUGUUUCUCGGUGGCAACAACCCUAUGCAAGCCAAGGAAUGCAGCCAUGCAGGGUUGCAUUGCAACUACUUCUGCAGGACAUGCGAAGUCAGUGGAACAAAGGAGUACAAGGCGUCAGAUGAGGGCUACAAGAGCAUCUUUGUGCCAGGAAAGCUUCGCACUCCUGCAGGAACGGCAGAAGAGAUUCACGCACAAUUCGCUUCUGCACUCUGUUCAGGCGCUUCGGAGAAGAUUAAGAAAUCUGUCGUGUCAUCGGGUGUGAAGGACACAACAACUGGCUCCAUUCUCGAAACAGUUGUUGAACUGGGGAAGAAGCUGCGCAAAUGGAGUGCCAGCAUUCAAGCAAAACCAGAGAGCGAAAUCAAGGCUAUUCUAGAGAAGCAGCUUGAAGACCUCCUGCAAGGGAGCAAACUCGAGGAUGCAAUCAAUCCAUUACUAAGUGUUGAAGGUUUCAACGUUCAUCAGGACACGCCGACAGAAAUUCUCCAUACAGUGUUAUUGGGAGUCGUAAAAUACUUUUGGGGUCAAUCGGUAUAUCUUCUCAAGAAGGCAAAGGUUCUGGAUGUUUUUCAAAUGCAUCUCGACUCUAUUGAGAAAGAUGGGCUCAAUGCUCCAUAUAUCAUCAAGCAUAUGGCGACUGGGAGCUACUGGUUUGAUAACACUAGCAAAAAGUGGGUUCAGGCAGGUGAUGCAGUUUUGAGCUACCUCAAUGAGCAUCCAGAGCAAGCAUGGCUUUUGGGGAUUUGCACACGAGAACCCCCUGCAACAGGUAAUGUAUUUAUUGAAUACCUGCCUGGCAUUGUCGAUUCAAAGCCUGUGCUGUGGACAGCAACACGCUGUGCAAAGGCCCUCAAGCUCCUGCAACCUGCUCAUCAUGCUCAAUACUGUCAUGGCAUCUUGUUAAUUCUCGGCAAUGGUGAGAAAGCGUCCUUAGAAGGACAUGUCAUUUUUCACGACUCUGCAACAUCUCGCUCAGAUAUUGGCCAAUGUCACAUUUGCCAAGAGCGAACCGAGACUGCAUGUACGAAGUUCAUUUUUCAGCACAAACCCUCACCAUUUUACUUGCUCAAUGCUUAUUCAAUUCACAAUUAUGCUCAGAUUCAAUCCGUCAUUUCUCAGUCGCUCCAUGAGACACCAUUGAGGGUCAGUGAUGCAGCAGAUGUUCGUUUGGCAGCAGCUCAUCAAAUCCAGGAGAAGAAAGUAGCUAAGAACUCAGGUGAAACAUCUGGUACUGAACCUGCAAGUGCACCACCUGCAGUGUUCGACUGCCUGGCAACAAAGGCAGCAAGCAAGUCAAAGAAAACGCAGAAAGCAAAAGAGAAGGCACCUCAGCCGCAAGCAAAUCCACAACAACGUACAAUCAUACAGGCAGCUGCAUCUUCAAGUUCCCAUAUCCCAACACCCCACACAGCGCCAGCCACCAGCCACUCACAUAUCCCAUCACUGUCGCCAGCGCCAGCACUUGUGCCUUCUCAUCUCUGA